AUGGGGCUGCCGCUCACCCUCCUGGUGGCCGUGGGCCUGGCCCUGAGCUCCCCCGGGGCCGCAGAGCUCCAGAGAGAGGGCAGGACCCGGAACCACGGCCACAGCGUCUGCAGCACUUGGGGCGACUUCCACUACAAGACCUUCGACGGCGACCUCUUCCGCUUCCCCGGCCUGUGCGACUACAACUUCGCGUCCGACUGCAGGGGUUCCUACAAGGAGUUCACGGUGCACCUGAAGCGGGUCUCCGGCCGCGACGGGGGGCGCCCUGGGCUCGAGUACAUCCUGCUGACCAUCAAGGACGACACCAUCUAUCUCACCCGCCAGCUGGUUGUAGUGAACGGGGCCGUGGUCCGCAUGCCGCACUACAGCUCCGGGCUGCUCAUCGAGAAGAAUGACGCCUACACCAAGGUCUACUCCCGUGCGGGACUCACCCUCAUGUGGAACCGCGAGGACUCACUCAUGCUGGAGCUGGACAGCAAGUUCCGGAACCACACGUGCGGCCUCUGCGGGGACUACAACGGCCUGCAGACCUACUCCGAGUUCCUGUCCGACGGCGUGCUCUUCAGUGCCAUUGAGUUCGGGAACCUGCAGAAGGUCCAUAAGCCUGAGGUGGUGUGCGAUGACCCUGAGGAGGGGCCGGCCCCAGAGUCCUGCUCCGAGCACCGCGCCGAGUGCGAGGAUCUGCUGGCGGCCACGGCCUUCGAGGACUGCGAGGGGCUGGUGCCGCGGCUGCCGUUUGUGCAGGCCUGUGUGCAGGACCGCUGCCACUGCCCGCACGGCCGCUCCUGCGUCUGCAGCACCCUGGCCGAGUUCUCCCGCCAGUGCGCCCAUGCCGGCGGCCGGCCCGGCAACUGGAGGACCGCCGAGUUCUGCCCCAAGAGCUGCCCUGGGAACAUGGUUUACCUGGAGAGCGGCUCGCCCUGCAUGGACACCUGCUCCCACCUGGAGAGCAGCCGCCUGUGCGAGGAGCACCGCAUGGACGGCUGUUUCUGCCCGGAAGGCACCGUGCACGAUGACGUCGCGGGCGGCGGCUGCAUCCCUGUGAGCCGCUGCCACUGCAGACUCCACGGGCGCCUGUACUCGCCCGGCCAGCAGCUCAGCAGUGACUGCAAGGAGUGCGUCUGCACCGCCGGCCGCUGGGUGUGCAAAGACUUGCCGUGCCCAGGCACCUGUGCCCUGGAGGGCGGCUCCCACAUCACCACCUUCGACGGGAAGAGGUACACCUUCCACGGGGACUGCUACUACGUGCUGAUCAAGGGCGACCACAACGACUCCUACACCCUCCUGGGUGAGCUGGCCCCCUGCGGCUCCACGGACAAGCAGACCUGUCUGAAGACGGUGGUUUUGUUGGCGGACAACGGGAAGAACGUCGUGGCCUUCCAGUUGGACGGCGGCGUGCUGCUGAACGAGCGGCCGGUGAACCUGCCCCACGUGACCACCAGCCUCUCUGUCUUCCGGCUGUCCUCCCGCCACCUCAUGGUGAGCACCGCUGUGGGUCUCAGGCUGCAGGUGCAGCUGGAGCCCGUCAUGCAGCUCUUCGUGACGCUGGACCGGGCCGUGCAGGGGCGUGUGCAGGGCCUCUGCGGGAACUUCAACGGCCUGGAAUGGGACGACUUUAGGACGGCCGGCGGGCUGGUGGAGGCCACGGGGGCCGGCUUUGCCAAUACCUGGAAGGCCCAGUGGAGCUGCCAUGACAAGCUGGACUGGCUCGACGACCCCUGCUCCCUCAACAUCGAGAGCGCCAACUACGCUGAGCACUGGUGCUCCCUGCUGAAGAAGACGGAGACCCCCUUUGGCAGAUGCCACUCGGCCGUGGACCCCUCAGACUAUUACAAGAGGUGCAAAUAUGACGCGUGUAACUGCCAGAACAGCGAGGGCUGCAUGUGUGCCGCUCUGUCCUCCUAUGCCCGCGCCUGUGCCACCAAGGGUGUUCUGCUGUGGGGCUGGCGGGAGCAAGUCUGCAACGAGGACGUGGGCUCUUGCCCCAAAUCCCAGGUGUUCUUGUACAACCUGACCACCUGCCAGCCCACCUGCCGCUCGCUCUCCGAGGCCGACGCGCACUGCCCGCAGGGCUUCGCACCCGUGGAUGGCUGCGGCUGCCCCGACGACACCUUCCUGGACGAGAAGGGCCGCUGUGUGCCCCUGGCCAAGUGCUCCUGCUACCACCACGGCCUCUACCUGGAGGCCGGGGAGGUGGUGCUGAGGCAGGAGGAGCGCUGCGUCUGCCAGAACGGGAGACUGCACUGCAGGCCGCUGGCCCCUCUGUCCCCAGGCUGCUCGGCCCCGAAGAUCUACGUGGACUGCAGCAACCUGACAGCUCUGACCGUCCAGGGCUCGCGGCCCACCAGCUGCCAGACGCGGGCUGCCGGCCACUAUCGGACGGAGUGUGUCAGCGGCUGUGUCUGCCCAGACGGGCUGUUGGAUGAUGGCCGUGGCGGCUGCGUCAAGGAGGACGAGUGCCCGUGUGUGCACAACAAGGACCUGUACUCCCCCGGGGACAAGAUCAAGGUGGACUGCAAUACCUGCACCUGCCAGCGAGGGCGCUGGGCGUGCACCGAGUCCCUGUGCCACGGCUCCUGCUCCAUCUACGGGAGUGGCCACUACGUCACCUUCGACGGGAAGUACUACGACUUCAACGGGCACUGCUCCUACGUGGCGGCUCAGGACUACUGCGGCCAGAACUCUUCCUCGGGCUCCUUCAGCAUCAUGACUGAGAAUGUCCCCUGUGGCACCACGGGUGCCACCUGCUCCAAGGCCAUCAAAAUCUUCUUGGGGAGGACGGAGCUGAAACUGGAGGACAAGCACUGCCUGGUGAUUCAGCGGGACACGGGCCACCACGUGGCCUACACCACGAGGGAGGUGGGCCAGUACCUGGUGGUGGAGGCCAGCAUCGGCGUCAUCGUCGUCUGGGACAAGAAGACCACCAUCUUCAUCAAGCUGGCCCCGUCCUACAAGGGCCGGGUCUGCGGGCUGUGCGGGAACUUUGACCAGCGCUCCAGCAACGACUUCACCACGAGGGACCACAUGGUGGUGGACAGCGAGAUGGACUUUGGGAACAGCUGGAAGGAGGCCCCCACCUGUCCGGACGUGAGCGUCACCCCGGAUCCUUGCACCCAGAACCCUCGCCGCCUCUCCUGGGCCAAGAAGCAAUGCAGCAUCAUCAAGAGCCCUGUCUUCAGUGUCUGUCACAGCAAGGUGGACUUCAAGCCCUUCUACGAGGCCUGCGUCCACGACUCCUGCUCCUGCGACAUGGGUGGGGACUGUGAGUGCUUCUGCUCAGCCGUGGCCUCCUACGCUCAGGAGUGUACUAAGGAGGGGGCCUGCGUGUUCUGGAGGACGCCGGACCUGUGCCCCAUAUUCUGUGACUACUACAACCCCCCAGACAUGUGUGAGUGGCACUAUGAGCCCUGUGGGAACCGCAGCUUCGAGACCUGCAGGACCGUCAACGGCAUCCACUCCAACAUCUCCGUGUCCUACCUGGAGGGCUGCUACCCCCGGUGCCCGGAGGACAGGCCCAUCUACGACGAGGACCUGAAGCAGUGCGUCACGGCGGACCAAUGUGGCUGCUAUGUCGGGGACACACGCUACCCACCUGGAGCACCUGUUCCCAGCGAGGAGGACUGCUGGUCUUGCGUGUGUACCAACGCCUCGAAAGUCGUCUGCCAGCCAGAAGAAGGGAAUACGCUCAACUACACCCAGGAUGGCUUCUUCUGCUACUGGGAGACCUGUGGCCCCAACGGGACGGUGGAGAGACACUUCAACAUCUGUGUAUCCACCACCUCCCGGCCGCCUUCCACCACGAUCCCAGUCACCUCCAGCAGCCCCCUCCCCACCACCACCACCCCGACUCCCACCCCCUCCCUGACCCCCAGGACAUGCUGUUUCUGGUCCGACUGGAUCAAUGAGAACCACCCCAGCACGCAGAGCAGCAGUGGCGACCGGGAGACCUUUGACGGCGUCUGUAGGGCCCCUGAGGACAUCGAGUGCCGGCUGGCUGUGGAGCCCCACCUCAGCUGGGAGCAGGCGGGCCAGAAGGCGCAGUGCAAUGUCACCUUCGGGUUCGUUUGCUACAAUGAAGACCAGUUUGGAAACGGGCCAUUUGAGGUCUGUUACGACUACGAGAUUCGCGUCAAUUGCUGUGUGCCGAUGGAUGAGUGUCCCUCAUCCACGACCAUGGCCCCCACGACUACUCCCACCACCACCACCACCACCACUACCUCCACACCUACGCCAGAACCCCCGACUACCACCACCACUACCACCACAACCACGCUGACCACCACGCCCACCCCCACGCCCACCACCACGCCGCCCACCACGCCCACCACCACGCCCACCACCAUGCCGACCACCAGCACCACAAGCACAGAGCCGCUGACCACCAGCACCAGCACGCUUACCCAAGAAGUAAGCAGCUCCUCAGAGCCACCAAGCACUCUGUGUGUGCCUAACUGCAUAUGGACAGGCUGGGUGGAUUCCGGUAAACCGAACCCUUCUAGACCAGGGGGAGAUAUUGAAUCGAUUCAGGGCCUCUGUAAUGAAGGCUGGGCAGCCAAUAUCUCCUGCAGAGCUGUGAUGUUUCCCGACACUCCCAUCGAAGAACUUGGGCAAAAGUUGGUGUGCAACACCUCUCUUGGGCUGGUGUGCAGAAAUGAAGACCAGGAGCCGGGGGGCAUCACACUGCCCAUCUGCCUCAACUAUGAGAUCAAUGUCCAAUGCUGUGGAUUGAUAGACAACUGUAUUCCCAAGCCGCCUCCUGACAGCACCCCGAUCUUGAUCUCCACAAUGACUAUGACUACAACCACGGGCACCCUGACCCCGACCCCCACCACAACCACCACCACGGGAACCCCGACCACCACCACCCCUACCACCACCACCACAGGCACCCCGACGCCGACCCCUACCAUGACCAAGGGCACACCAACCACCACUCCCAUUAUCACCACCACCAUGGGCACCCCGACUUCGACCCCCACCAUCAGCACCACCACAGGCACCGAGACCACAACACCCACCCCAACCACCACCACGACCACCACGCACCACCACGGGCACCGAGACCACCACGCCCACCCCGACCACCACCACGACCACGACAGUGACCCCGACUUCGACCCCCACCUUCAGUACCACCACGGGCACCGAGACCACAACACCCAUCCCAACCACCACCACGACCACCAUAGUGACCCGGACUUCGACCCCCACCAUCAGCACCAGCAUGGGCUCUACACCUGCAGGGCUUCGGAGGGAAGCUGGUCAGCACGAUCUCAGCGGGACCGAUGUUGUGACCAUGGCUUCCGCCUCCCCGCCGGGGACCUAACACUGUGGAAUGGCCCGCAGACCUCUGGCCCCACCUCCUCGAAGACCACGCUUACCAGCGAGACCACCACCAGGCCCCCCUCGCCCACCCCGGGAACCCCCUCCACACCCACUCGUACGACUGCGUCCACGACCACCACAGGAACCCCCAGGCCGCCCACGUCUUCCUAUGUGCCCACCCCCACCCUGACUCCGAUCUCCACCCCCAACAUCAGCGUGAGCACGGGCCCGGUCAGGUCCUCCACUCAGGUCGGCUGCUGCGUUUUGAAUGAAACAUACUUCGCACCAGGUGAGAUGGUGUACAACGGCACGCACGGGGAUACCUGCUACUAUGCAAACUGCUCGGUGUCCUGCACCAUUGAGAUCUUCAACUGGUCAUGCCCGUCCACGCCCUCCCCGGCACCUACCCCUUCCAAGCCGACACCCACCUCAACACCCAAACCACCCACGCCCACGGCAUCGAGCACAGUGGCCACCACCAAGCCCCCUGGGUGCCCGGACUUUGAUCCUCCCAGACAGGAGAAUGAGAAGUGGUGGCUGUGUAACUGCACCAUGGCGAUCUGCAAGUACAACAACACCGUAGAGCUCGUGAAGGUGGAGUGCGAGGUCCCGCCCAAGCCCACCUGUGCCAAUGGGCUCCAGCCCACGCUUGUCUAUAGCCCCGACGAGUGCUGCCCGCACUGGGAGUGCGACUGCUACUGCGCGGGCUGGGGGGACCCGCACUAUGUCACGUUCGACGGGCUGUACUACAGCUACCAAGGGAACUGCACGUACGUGCUCGUGGAGGAGGUGACCCCCACGCUCGGCAACUUCGGCGUCUACAUCGACAACUACCACUGUGACGUCAACGACCAGGUGUCCUGCCCCCGCACACUCGUGGUGCGCUACCAGUCCCAGGAGGUUCUCAUCAAGACCCUGCAGAUGGGGCCCAUCAAGGUCCAGGUGCAGGUCAACAGGCAAGUCGUGGCCCUGCCCUACAUGAAGAACGAGCUGCACGUGUACCAGUUGGGCAUCAACUACGUGGUGGAGAUCUCCAAGCUGGGCGCCCUCAUCACCUACAACGGACUUUCCUUCUCCAUCACGCUGCCCCACCGCCUGUUUGGCAACAACACCAAGGGCCAGUGUGGCACGUGCACCAACGACACGGCGGACGACUGCAUGCUGCCCAGCGGGGAGAUCGUGUCCGACUGCGGGUUGGCGGCUGACCAGUGGGUGGUGAAUGACCCCUCCAAGCCACACUGUCCUCACACCAGCGUCACCACCAAGCGUCCGGCCGUCACGCCACCAGGGGCCAGCACCACCUCCCGCAAGGACUGUGCCUCUCCUCUCUGCGAGCUCAUCAGAGACAGCUUGUUUGCCCCGUGCCACACCAUGGUGCCCCCCAAGCAUUACUACGAGGCCUGCGUGUUCGACAGCUGCUUUGUGCCCGGUUCGGGCCUGGAGUGUGCCAGCCUGCAGGCCUACGCUGCCCUCUGUGCCCAGGCCGACAUCUGUGUCGACUGGAGGAACCACACCCACGGGGUCUGCUCGAUGACGUGCCCGCCUCACAGGGAGUACCGGGCCUGCAGCCCUGCAGAUGAGCCCUCCUGCGAGUCUAGUGCAGCUGCUCUAAGGCCCAUAGUGCAGAAGAACGACCGCCUGGUGGAAGGCUGCUUCUGUCCUGAGGGCACCAUGAACUACGCCCCGGGGUUCGACGUCUGCGUGGAGAUGUGUGGCUGCGUGGGACCUGACAACGUGCCCAGAAAGUUCGGAGAGCACUUUGAGUUCGACUGCAAGGACUGUGUGUGCCUGGAGGGCGGCCGCGGCAUCAUCUGCGAGCCCAAGGAGUGCCACCAGGAGCCGGUCACGUGCACGGAGGACGGCACCUACCCGCUCACCGAGGUCAACCCCGCCGACACCUGCUGUAACAUCACGUCCUGCAAGUGCAACACCAGCUUGUGCCAGGGGAAGCCGCCCAAGUGCCCGCUGGGCUUUGACGUGAGCAGCGAGACCAGACCCGGGAAGUGCUGCCCGUCCUACUCUUGUGUGCCCAAGGGGGUGUGCGUUCACGGGAAUGCUGAGUACCAGCCCGGGUCUCCAGUGUACUCCUCCAAGUGCGAGGACUGUGUCUGCACCAACCGCACGGACAGCGGCACACAGCUCAACGUCAUCUCCUGCACCCACGUGCCCUGCGACGACAACUGCAGCCCUGGCUUCGAGCUGGUGGACGUGCCCGGGCAGUGCUGCGGCAAGUGUCAGCAGACCCACUGCAUCGUCAAGAGACCCGGCGCGGAGACCAUCAUCCUGAAGCCUGGGGACAUACGUCACGACCCCACCAACAACUGCACCUUCUUUAGCUGCGUGAACGUCCACAACCAGCUCAUCUCCUCCGUGUCCAACAUCACCUGCCCUGAUUUCGACCCCAGCAUCUGCCUCCCAGGCUCCAUCGUGUUCAUGCCGAAUGGAUGCUGCAGGAAAUGCAUCCCUCGGAAUGAGACCAGGAUCUUCUGUUCCACUGUCCCCAUGACCAAGGAAAUUUCUCACUCCGGCUGCACCAAGAAAGUCGUGAUGAACUCCUGCUCUGGGUCCUGCGAGACCUCCGUCAAGUACUCGGCCGAGGCCCAGGCCCUGGACCACCAGUGCUCCUGCUGCAAGGAGGGGCGCACCAGCCAGCGGGAGGUAGAGCUGAGCUGCCCAGACGGCAGCUCGCGGAAGCACAGCUACACCCACAUCGAGAGCUGCUCCUGCCAGGACACCGUGUGCGGGCUCCCGCGGGCUCAGCACAGGGCCCCUGGCCGCCAGCGGCGCGCCAGCCCCCGGGGCCUGCACCCGGGGAGGGACUGA